GUUCCUCCAUUACUUUGCUCAGCCUAUUUACGUUGUACGGAAUGAUCUUUGUAGCAGGUAGUAUCUCAUUAGUCUCAAGAAAUUUGAUGUAUAUUAGUUUUUCCCACUUCAUAUCUUAGUUAUGGAUUGCUCGCUGCUACAACAAAAACCUCGGCUUCCAGUAGUAUUAUAUAUUGUUCUUUAAUGCUUUUCAAACAACGCUUGGCGCUGUUAGGAUAAGAUUUCACACGAAAAAGCCGUCCAGAUUUUCAAGGGGUUUGGCGACUGACCACGCAAAAUGCCAGCUUUGCAAUUCGUCCACCAACUCGUCUUCUAUACGAGAAGACUGACCAGGGUCGCGUUAACUCGAGGACACUCUCCACUUUGGCUGAGUCCAGUAGUCGGGUGGCCUCUCAUUCAGAGAGCAGGGAAAAAAUACCGGAUUGAUCUGCCAGUAUUACAUGAGAAUGACUUGGAAGAACAGUUUGUCCGUGGCUUUGGACCAGGUGGACAAGCUACUAACAAAACCAGUAAUUGUGUAGUGUUAAAGCACAUCCCCACAGGUGUUGUCGUAAAGUGUCACCAAACCAGAUCAGUGGAGUUAAACAGGAAGCGCGCGAGAGAGAUCAUGCGUGAAAAAUUGGACGUGAUUUACAAAGGAGAAGAUAGCGAGCUACUAAAAAUCAAGGAAGAAUCCAGGAUAAGAAAACAAGAAAAACGGAGGAAAGUGAACGAAAAUCUUCAGAAAAAAAGGCUGUUCAAAGAGACGCUUUCAGCGUCUAAGCAAGGAGAGGACAACAGAUGAGGUUUGCAUAAACCGGCUGUGAAGAUGGCACAAACCCUUGAAUAACUUAUGAACUGGUAUGCCGACACGCAAACUCUUUUGCCUUUAACGUAUCUUUAAUAACAGUCUUGAUCAUACCUAUAUUUUGCAUAGAGGAUUAAAAUUAAUGUAUUAAACUUGUAUAAUCACUCAUCCUGUCUGGAUUUUUCAUCCAAGGUUAAAAAUUCAGGUAAAAGUGUAAUAA